AUGGCCAUGGCGUGGGUCCUGCUGCUGGUAACUGCAGGGCUAAGCAUGGCCACAGCUGGCCCGGUCCCCACUUCUAAGCCCGCCACAACCUGGAAGGGCUGUGACAUCGGCAGGUUCAAAUCUCUGUCACCACGGGAGCUGGAAGCCUUCAAGAUGGCCAAGGAUUCCUUGGAAAAUUCACUAAAAAACUGGAGUUGCAUCUCCCGCCUCUUCCCUAGAAACCGGGACCUGAGACAGCUGCAGGUGUGGGAGCGCCCCGUGGCCUUGGAGGCUGAGCUGACCUUGACCCUAAAGGUCCUGGAGACCAUGGCUGAUAGGUCCCAGGGGGGCAUCCUGGACCAGCCCCUUCACACUCUGCGCCACAUCCACUCUGAGCUCCAGGACUGUGUCAAGGCUCAGCCCAUAGUAGGCCCUCAGCCCCGAGGCCGCCUCCACCACUGGCUGCACCGGCUUCAUGAGGCCUCAAAGAAGGAGUCUCAAGGCUGCCUCGAGGCCUCUGUCUUGUUCAACCUCUUCCGCCUCCUCAAAAAGGACCUGGAAUGUGUCGCCAGUGGAGACCUGUGUGUCUGA